AUGCAGCAGGAAAAAACAACUCCCUCAUCAUCAACUCUUCUCACUUCAGAAGGAUCAACAGGAAGAAGAGACCAACGCCAGAAAGAGCUUCGUCAUCAACAGCAACAACUAUUAUACAAAUUUCGUUAUCAACAAAAUCCCAUAUCUCAAUUUCACCACCAAUAUCAACCUCAGGCUCCCAGUUGUGAAUACACUUACAGAGUCGACAACCCUUCAGGGAACAGGUUUGCAGAUGGUGUUUGUGCGGUGACUUCGCGAGGAGGAGGAGGACAAGGAAGAAUAUCGUCGUCAUCCAUCUCCGUACAUUGUCGGACCCCUGUGCACUUCCCUGAUCAGGGGAAAAUGAGUGUAAAACUAAAAAUAAGGGAAGUUAAGUCUCCUAGUUCAAAUUCUUCGGCAACUUCAACUGGAGGAGGAGGAGGAUGUGGCCAAGGUUCAGAUGGUACUCCAACGAGCACCUGUGGGGCUACAGGCGCGGGGACCAAUGUAACUAGUGUGGGUGGACUAAUUACCUUACUGCUCGUCAUCAUCUCUUUAUUGGGUCUUUUAUACCAUGGCCAGGACAUGCUGGUGUAUUAUCCUCAGCAGCCACGAAAUGCUCGCAUUUAUGUGGAAAUGCCAAGUCUCUUGAAGCUACCCUAUGAGAGCAGUUAUUUACAGACCAAAGAUGGAACAAGCAUCCAUGUUGUCCUCAUUAAACAGCCACACUACAAUUUUGUCAAUGUUCCCACUGUGAUAUUUUUUCAUGGAAAUGCUGGUAAUAUAGGACAUAGAUUGAUGAAUGCCUAUGGGUUGUAUACUAGUCUUGGUUGUAAUGUUCUUAUGGUUGAGUACAGAGGCUAUGGAAAAAGCCAUGGUACUCCAUCAGAAAUAGGGUUGUACCAGGAUGCUGAAGCAGCUAUGGACUAUUUGUUGCGCCAGACCCAAAUAUCUCGGGAUAAAAUUAUUGUGUUUGGCCGCUCCUUAGGUGGAGCUGUAGCAAUUUAUCUAGCAUCACAUCCUUAUUAUACACAGCAUAUACAUUCAGUGUUUAUAGAAAACACUUUCACAUCACUCCCAGAAAUAGGUGCCAUUGUCAUUGGUAUACCUAUCAUUGGACUUCUACCAUACUGGUGCUUUAAAAAUCAGUUUCCCUCCAUUAAAAGAGUGCCAAAAAUCACAGUUCCUGUGAUGUAUUUAUCAGGACUGACAGACAACCUCAUUCCUCCGCAAAUGAUGAAAACUUUAUUUGAGGCAACCCAGAAUCCUCCAAUGAAAAGAAUGGCUCUUUUUGAUAAUGGAACACACAAUGAAACUUGGCUGUGUCCUGGUUAUUAUGAAUGUAUAUUAAACUUCAUCACAGAAGUUUCAAAAUGGCGAAGUACAAGUGCCUUGACAAACUAUUCAGAUGUUUUAACAAAAAUUGUUUGA